CAGUUGACCAGUGGCGAAGGGUGCGCUUUGAAUAAUAAAAAGAUCCGUGGGUAUAUAUAUGUUUUACAAUUGGAUUUGAGUACACACGAUUUUGUACACCUAAACCGAAAGUGUUGCAAACUGGUCACUGUUCUAUCGUUAAUCAAAUUAUUCAUUUUAAUCUGUUGUGUGAAAGUUUUUCUAUGCGAAAUUUAUCAUUUGGCUUCGAAAAACUGACAGUUUCAUAUUCGAACAAUAAUGUUUUCUUACAUCAAGUGUAAAAUUAUUUUAAACAAGUAAACCCUUAUGUUUACAUUUUCGAAUAAGUAUCACAAAAGUUAUAAAAUAUUUAUUAAAAAAUUUUUCAUCUUCUAAUCAAGUUUUUAAUAAGUGUAAUUAAAUUUACGUGAACUAACCUCUAAAAGUGUUGUGAAAAUUUAAACAAAUGGCUAAUUUGCGGCAAACUCCUUUGACAUGCAGUGGACAUACAAGGCCUGUUGUUCAUUUAGCAUUUUCUGAUGUCACAGACACGGGUUACUAUCUAAUUUCAGCGUGUAAAGAUGGAAAACCUAUGUUAAGACAAGGUGACACUGGAGACUGGAUUGGUACAUUUGAAGGACACAAAGGAGCUGUCUGGGGCGUUGAUUUAAACCGCCAAGCAACCAGAGCAGCUUCAGGUGCUGCUGAUUUCAAUGCUAAAGUCUGGGACGCUAUCAAGGGCGAAGAGAUUCAUUCAUUCCAACAUAACCAUAUAGUCAAGUCUGUUGGAUUUAGUACAGAUUCAAGCCAUUUGUGUACAGGGUCAAAUGAAAAAUUACUACGUAUUUUUGAUCUCAAUAAACCUGAUGCUGCACCUCAAGUAUUCUCUGGCCAUACCAGUUUCAUUAAACAAGUAACGUUUUUCAAUGAUAAUAAAAUGAUUGUUAGCUGUGCUGAUGACAAAACGUUGAGAGUAUGGGAUAGAAGUACUGGCCAAGAAGCUCGUCGACUUGAUUUUCCUGCUAUUCCAAGCUCAAUGGAGGUUUCUAAAGACGGGAAAAUAAUUACAACUACUCAUGCUAAUAUUGUAUCAUUUUGGAAUAGUCAAGAUCUAACAAAAAUACGAGAGUACACUAUUCCUACACAAGUCAAUAGUGUUAGUUUACAUCCAGACUGUACAAUUUUCGUCUGUGGUGGUGAAGAUUUGAAGAUGUAUAAAUUUGACUAUGCAACCGGUGUAGAAUUAGAAUCAUUUAAAGGACAUUUUGGACCAGUGCACUGUGUGCGGUUUUCUCCGGAUGGAGAAUUAUACGCAAGCGGUUCAGAAGACGGUACUUUAAGAUUAUGGCAAACGACUGUUGGAAAAACCUAUGGCCUAUGGCGUUGUACUGAACAAUCAUCAGUCCAAGAAAAUUCUUCCACUGUUAAUAAUAAACAAGAAGUUUCCGCAAGUUAAACAAUCCAGAUGCUUUCAUUGUAAUUUAAUACUGAAUCUACUAUUUUCUGUGCAAUGAUGUAAUUGAAAUACUCUGGAAUCUUUGAAAAUUUUUGUAUGGGAUCUCAUUGUUAUAUCUGUAUUCUUUUUGUGAAGUAUGUUGA